CUGUGGCUGCUGGCAUUGGAUCCACUGGGCAGAGACCAUGACGUGAGCGGCAAAGGGGAGAUGCACUCACUGGAAUCCAAACGGAGUUUGUGUGCAGGGUCCAAACUCCUCACUUCACCUGUUCCGACACCAGCUACCAGCGUCCCUCACCCGCUCGAAAAUGCCUUUCAGGAAUUCCAAGAGUGUCAUCAGCACCUUAAAACAAGUGGAUUAUAGCCAAUGGCAAAGAGAAAAUGUCUCUCCGAAACCAACAUUUAAAUCAUCCUUGCCACCUGUUACAUUAUCGGAAUUUAAAAAAGAAGAAGACAAGAAGUUCCCACAGAAGUCAAAAGACAGGAAAUCAGAGUCGGGAAUGGGUUUUGGCUUCAGUUUGAAAAUGACAGAGUCUAAGAGACCGAAGCCUUCUUGGCAGCAAACCACAACAAAGGAAAUGAUGGCGGCAAAAAGCUUGGAGAACGUCAAAAUUCUGCAGCGCAUUUCCAAGAGCAGGUCCAUCAGCCUAGAAGAAUUAAAGCGCCAUUCCAGUGUUCUCCUGGAAAAGAACAAGGGGCUAGUGAAACAGAUCACGGACAUGGAUGCCGACACCGCCAAGAGCGCCAGGGACCUUCUCCAGCAGUACGAUAUGUUUGGGACAGUCCUCUCAACUCUUCGGGACUCAAGUCAGAACCAGGUGGGGGUCGCCAAAGCCGAACUCCAGGCAACGGAGAAACUGGUGGAGAAGAAUAUUGGAAAACUGGACCUGGAGAUGAAGCGUAUGAACACCAAGGUGCACGCCCUGCAGGAGGAGCUCAAUGUGCUCAGGACAUACAUGGACAAGGAGUACCCGGUGAAAGCCGUCCAGAUCGCGUCCCUGCUGCGCAGCAUCCGCAGCCUGAGCGAAGAGCAGCAGGAUGAAUUGGAAGACGUCGAGGACCUGUCCAGGCGCUUCCUGGACACGCUGGCGCGGAAAGUGUGGGAGGAGCAGGAGUGCAUCCUGCAGGACCUCGCGGAGAAGAAGCUGAUGCAGUACCAGGAUGGCCUUGAACAGAUGCACAAGAACAACAGGGAACUGAAGAGACAAAUAGAGACGCAAAAGGAGAUAAUUGAUGAAUUGGUCGAAGAAAUCCAGGAUUUGCACAGGAGCAUCAUAAAGCUGCACCACUCUGUGGGGGACCCGCGGGAAGCGAUAUUUCCAGACGUCCUGCUCCGUAGACCCAAAUGCACCCCUGAUAUGGAGAUUGUGCUGAACAUCCCCACGGAUGAGGACUUCCCCCUGUAGUGGCUGGAGCUGCCUUGCCUGGCACACCUGAGCAGCAACCACAUUCUUGUUGACUGCAGAAUGUCCGCCUUCAGCUCCGCUGAGCCAAGCCAACCAUUAGCAGCCCAGACUGCAUUUUUUAAACCUAAACCUUCUGCUUUCUCUCCGGCUUCUCCUGCAUUUCAGUACCUCAGAAGACUGUAUUAAAGAUAACCCGGGCAAUCUAA